AUAAUAUGAGACUGAAAAUUUAAAACAAAAAUAAAAUAACGUUGUUGACCUUCAUCGCUUGUGAAAAGAAAGGGGGGCCAUAAAUUUCUUAUGAUAACAAGCAAAACAAAUGUUUUUAUUUUUGUUUUACUGGUGACUCUUGUGAAAAAUAUAAUUUAAAAAUAAAUUACCUAUCUGGCAUAAUUGGGUCCAGUCUUCCUGAACUGACCACUUGGGACAUCAUAAAUUUUUAAAAAUUGAAAACAAAGGAAACUCUACUCUACGAAACGUAACAGUCAUAAAUGCAAUCGUCGGCGUAGGAUGACUAAUUUUUUGUGUUAUUGGAUAAAGAAGUAUUUUAUUAAAUAAAAUUUCAAAUAAGUUGGUUUAAGAUUAAUAUAAAAAUAGUUGAAAUUGAGAAAAAAAGCACGUAGCAUAAUGAAGAAGCAAUUUACGAAAAUAAAAAUUGCCGCUGAAAAUUUAUCAAGAUCCAAUAAAAAUGAUCGUAAAGAUUUUGAAUUGGAGACUAUUGAAAAACAAGUGGAUAAAUACCGUGAAGUAUUAGAUAAAAUGGUUCGAAAAUUGCCUACAGUUAGCAGCAAUACAGACACACAGGAACGGGAUAAACGUAUUAAAAAAAAUAGUCAUUACAAAAUCGGACAAGCUUUAGAUGAAUCCUCAAAAGAAUUAUCAAAGGAAAUGCCAUUAUAUCAUGCUUUAUCCAAUUGUGGGGAACUUGAAAAGUCACUUGCGGAGUGCAUCGUUGACAGCGAAUUGGAAACGGAAACUGAGGUGGUGCGACGGCUUAAAUUAAUAUUAGAGAAUGAAAUACAAGAGAUAUCUACAAUGAAGCGCAAUGUUUCACGCACAUUACAAGAAUACACUUCACUCAAGCGCAGUUAUGAGGCUGCAGUGCGUUUGGAUGAACCACAGGCAAAAAUAAAUCAUCUUAAAGAACAGCAAGAACAAUGUGAGGUGAAAUUAGAAAAAGAACGUGACGCUUGGGCGGCACAAAUGUUUGAAUUAAUCGCAAAAGAAGAUGUUAUUGUACAGUGUAUACGAGAUUAUGUACUCAACCAAAGAAAUUAUCAUGAACGUGCAUUACAACGAGUUAAUUCAUCAUUAUCCAAUAUACAGGAUAUAAUUCAAUCAACAGUGAAAUCAGGAUUUGGAACUUCACUGUCAGAACAUUUGAGAUCUACUAAUCGUAAAAUAUCUCAUAUAAUAGAAUUGUGCGUAUGCUGUUUAGUAGAGAACGGACUGUACGAAGAAGGUCUACUGCGUGUUGGAUGUGCAAGUACAAAAAUGCGGCGUAUGAAACAUGCUCUGGAGGCGCAAUAUGUAAAAACGCCUCUACCUCUUGAAUAUCAAGAUCCACAUGUGAUUGGUUCAAUUUUAAAAUUAUAUCUGCGUGAAUUGCCUGAACCUCUACUAACACAUAAAUAUUUUAAAGAAUUUAUACAUUCUGCUGAGCGUUCAUCAGAAGCGGAACGUAAAGCAGAAAUAAAAGCCAUCUUGACGAAAUUACCAACGGAAAAUUAUGAAAAUUUACGUUACCUUACAAAAUUUCUAUGGUUAGUUACGCAAAACGUUGACCAAAACAAAAUGAACUCACAUAAUAUAGCAAUUGUAAUGUCACCAAAUAUGUUAUGGCCUCGUAUGGAUAAAAACAAUCCUGCAGAUUAUAUGGGGCAGGUUAAUAGUUCAUCUGCUGUUAAUGUGAUUGUGGAACUAUUAGUUAGUCAAUGGGAUUACUUUUUCGAAGGUGAGGUAGAUUUUUUUGUUACGCUACAACGACAUAAAAUGUUUGUAGAGGGUAAAAGCAAAUCUAAUUCCUCAAAUGAAAAUUUAGACAAGCACGACAGUGAGUCAUUAGAGAGUCCUCGUUAUGGCACAAUAAGACGACAGAAAGCAUGCGCACCUUCACCGCCUGCAAAAACAUAUGAAAAAGCACAUUAUAAUUCCAACGCUAACAUUGUGCAUAUGACUCCAGAUAAUAAUGAUACUGACUCAAAUUAUCGCAAAAAUGGAGAAAUUAAUAAUAGAGUGAAAGAACUAUUUCCAUCAGCAAAUAAUGGUACAGGUGUAGAUAAACCAGAAAAACCACCACUACCUAAACUGCCACAAUUCCAGCAGUCCCAGCCCCAGUCCCAGCCCCAGUCCCAGUUCCAGUCGCCACCACAACCGCAACAACAACAAAUCCAAACACCACAAUCAACACUUGAACAGCAGCAAACUCCGAAGCCUGUGCCAAUGACGAGAACACAAUUUUUUGGUUUGGAUCAAUUACCUUCACCUGUAGCUGAUCGUAAGAGUACUGAUAGCACAGGUUCAUUUACUUUUAAGCCCGAUUUACCACAAAAACCAAAAAUACCAAAACGACCAAUGGUGCUCGGUUUAAAUGCUGCUAAUAAAAGCGAUGAGGAAUCAUGCACUCCUACGCCAACUCAAACUAAUGCAACGUAUAAUAUAUUAAAUGAUGUAAGCAACAAUAUGAGAAAUACAACAGAAAAUUUUAUCGAUAAAUUGCGUAAUGAAAAAUUGGAUAAUGGUGUAGCAAUAACAAAUGAAAAUAAUCAUAAUCAACAUUUACUUACCUCUGAACAAAUGAAUUCAAAUUCUAGCAUUAGUUCAAAUAUAAACUCAAACACUAUAAACUCAAAUUUAAACACAAACGAGAACACAAAUGCAAAUUGUAUGGCAACAAGUGUUGAGAAAACUGCGACUACCCCUAUAUCACCUAAUAUGAUACUUACACCUAAAAGACCAACAGUUCCAGCCCCUCCUCCACCUUCAGUAGUUAAAAAGCAAAGUGAUUAAUCUAUAUUGAAGCAGAAUUCAUAAUAAUUAAUUUACAGUAUGGGAUCUCAAAAUAAAUAUGGGUUUAUAUAGAAAUUUUUUAAACUUUAAUAAUUGGUUUAAUAAGAAUUGGUUUAAUAAGAGAAAAGUAAUCAAUAUUGAAAUCUUUAUAACAACAAAUUAAGUUAAAAAAUAUUGACCAAAUUUUUGUUCUACCAAAAACCAUACAAAUGUGUGCUAUAUAUUUUAUUAAUAGAUUAAAUUUCUUUUUGAGUAUUUUUACAGCUUCUUUAAUGUAGCAAAUUAUUUAAAUUUACUUAAAUUACUAAAAUAGUCAGAACAUUUACUUAUAUGUGUUAUUAUAAUAUGUAAUUGGUAAUUUUGUUAAAUAAGUUCUCACAUACACACAAGUGAAACUGUUUGAUAUGUGAAUACCGAUUAAGUUUAAAUGUAGCACAUAUACAUAAUAUGCUAAUAUAAAUACCAAAACAGCUUUUCUUAUCCAAAGUGCUUGAAUUACUUCCAUCGUAUUUGAAACAUCCUUACGUUAUUUAUUUCAAUCAUAUCACUUU